CCAGAGUUCAUGAUCAAUCCUUGAGAUGUUGGCUUCGACUGCCCUAUUCUUGAGGAAUUAACUCAUGCUGCUUCUCAAAGGAUCUUUGCUCUUGGCCGCGGCGCUGGGCAGCUUCGAACCAAACUGCAAGAAGUACCCGCAGCUUUGCGCGGAUACGUCUGGCUACGUGGUGGUGAUCGAUGCUGGCAGCACUGGGUCGCGAAUCCAUGUCUUCAAUUACGAGUACCGCACCCUGGAGACACGCAGGUUCCCACUGAUUGUGAGCCCUCCGCUGACGUUGCCGUCAGAAAUCGCGGUGGCCAGCAGCCGCCCGGGGUUGUCCUCCUUCUUGCACCACCUCGACAGCAUCCCCAGGCACUUGGAAGAGUUGCUGAAGCAUGCAGCAGACGCCUUGCUCUUGCACAAUCCCCACGUGGACCUGAAGCUGGUGCCCCUUUACCUGGGCGCCACCGCUGGGCUGCGGGAGAUCUCCUCGGAAGACCGGGACGCGGUGAUGAGGGCUGCAAGAGGAUAUUUGCGGAAGCAGCGAAUCUUCCCAGUGACUCGCGACGAGCAGGUGCGGGUGCUAUCGGGCGAGGAAGAGGGAGCCUUCGGGUGGCUGGCGCUCAACCAGUUGCAGGCAGGGAUCAGCCCAGAUCCAGACACGACUUUGGGGGCGCUGGACUUUGGUGGGGCCUCUGCGCAGAUUGCAUUCGUGCCGCAGGAGACGUCCAUCCUGGCCAACCUCUUUCCCAUGCACUUUGGCGGAAGCAUUCGAGGCCCUAUUCAUCUCUACUCAAAGAGCUUCAACGGCUUUGGCAAUGUGAUCGCCUUCCAGAGAGCUACGCGCGUGCUGAUGGCGGGUCUGAAGCACAGCGAUCCUCAGGAAGUGAAGCAUCCCUGCCUGCCAACGAACCUGACCUGGAAGGUUCGCAUCGGCGAGUUCGGCG